UGCGACCACCUGAAAUAAGCGAGUACUAAACGUGCUGUGACAUCUUAAAACUCGCGGAAUCUGGAGCACGUGUGAGAUCCACACAACCACCCGAAGGAUAAUUCAGUGGCCAGGAAGGAAGGAGUGCACCGAAAAACGCGCUUUCCAGGAGAUGAUCCGAACGAGUUCCAAUUAGGGAAUUCUCAAGAACACAAUGAAGACUUUGUGGACGUUGGUCUUGUGUCUGGCGUCGGUGUCACCGCUUCGAGCUGACUCCGUUCGAGAGUUGUCGAGAGAAGCACGCCAAACGCAAUAUAAAUCGAACUUCAGGUGUCCCAGCGAAGGGUUUCAUGCCGAUCCGCAAAACUGCCAAAUUUUUUACCGAUGUGUUGGCACUCCGAAUAAUCUAAAGCCGAUUCAGUUUGAGUGUGGCGAAGGAACUGUUUUUGAUCCGGCCAUAAGUACUUGCAAUUACCCCUAUGCUAGUAAUAGGGAGGAGUGUGGAGGAAAUGGCGUUGAUGGUGAUUUUGGCAACGUUCAGAACCCUCCACCUUCAACCACAACUGCGUUACCACCAUGGACGACUCAAUCAGAUUCGACUCCCGCAACUGUUUCUAGUCAAGUUGGUGACAAGUGUACGCAAGAAGGCUUCUUGGGCGAUAGCAGAAACUGUUCAAAAUUCUACCGUUGUGUCAGUAAUGGGCGCAAUGGCUACAUUCAGCAUGAAUUUAACUGUGGUACUGGAACUGUUUGGGAUCCAGUAGCCGUGUCUUGUAAUUACCCAUGGGCAGCUCAAAGAAGUGACUGUUCGGAAGGUACUAGUCAGAGUUUUUCCGCACUGCCUCCACAGAGUGAUUAUGUAGCCCAAAACUAUAACCAGUCUAACAGUAGUCAGUUUAUGAGUAGUAGUAGCAAUAGCAGUAGUAGUAGCAGUAGCAGUACGAGUAGUUCCUGGAGCCAGUCUAGUUCUUCGUCGUCUUCCUCUACUAUGUCAAGCACGAGUUCUUGGCAAAAUCAACAAAAUGCUGCUUCCUCAGGUCAACAGGGAAGCAGUUCAAACAAUCAACAAAGUAGCUCGUCAAAUCAACAAAAUCAACAAGGGAGUAGUUCCAGUCAACAAGGAAGCUCUUCGAGCGGUAGUUGGAACCAACAAGGAGGCAGUUCAUCAAAUCAACAGCAAGGAAGUUCGUCAAGCAAUAAUUUCAAUCAGCAAGGUUCAAAUCAACAAGGAAGCUCAUCAAGUCAACAGAAUCAACAAUCAUCAGGUAGUAGUUCCAGUCAACACGGAAGUUCUUCAGGCAGUCAAAAUCAACAAAGCAGUGGUUCUGCCAAUCAACAACAAAGCGGUAGCUCGUCUAGUCAACAAACUGGUAGCUCUACCAGUCAACAGGGAAGCGCGAGCAGUCAAAAUCAACAAAGCGGUAGUUUAACUCAACAAAAUCAAGGAAGUAGCUCAUCGAACCAACAAAGUCAACAAGGUGGUAGUUCAUCAUCCAGUCAACAAAACCAAAAUCAACAAGGAAGUAAUUCUUGGAACCAGCAAGGGGGUAGCUCUUCUAAUCAACAAGGCAGUGCAUCGUCCAGUCAACAAAAUAAUCAAAAUCAACAAGGAAGCAAUUCUUGGAACCAACAAGGGGGUAGUUCUAAUCAACAAGGCAGUACAUCGUCAAGUCAACAAAAUCAAAACCAACAAGGAAGUAAUUCUUGGAAUCAACAAGGGGGUAGUUCUUCUAAUCAACAAGGCAGUACAUUAUCCAGUCAGCAAAACCAAAAUCAACAAGGAAAUAACUCUUGGAAUCAACAAGGGGGCAGUUCUAGCCAACAAAAUCAAAAUCAACAAGGAAGCAAUUCUUGGAAUCAACAACAAGGCGGUUCUUCCAGUCAACAAGGCGGCAGUUCUUCGAAUCAACAAAACCAACAAAGUGGUGGGUCGUGGAAUCAGCAAGGCGGUAGCACUUCAAAUCAACAAGGAAGCAGUUCCUCCAAUCAGCAAAAUCAACAAGGUGGUAGUUCUUCCACACAACAAGGCAGUAAUCAAUCCAAUCAACAAGGAAGCAGUUCAUCUAGUCAACAAAACCAACAAGGGGGAAAUCAGCAAGGUUCUAGUCAACAAGGCACAAAUCAGCAAGGAUCGAGCCAACAAGGAAACAAUCAAUCAAGUCAGCAAGGUCAAAUUUCCAAUAAUGAAUGCGUAUCUGAAGGUUUUGUCAAAGAUGAUAAUGACUGCAAAAAGUUCUACAGAUGCGUAAAUAAUGGCAAGAAUGGUUUUACUAAAUAUGAAUUUACUUGUGGUGAAGGAACAGUUUGGGACGAAAACAUAUUGUCUUGCAAUUAUCCUUCCGCUGUAAGUGGAAAAUGCUCCACUUCUGGUUCUGCACAACAAGGGCAACCGCAACAGCCUGGAUAUCCUAAUCAACCCGGCCAACCACAACAACCAGGCCAGCCACAACAAUCUGGAUAUCCCAAUCAACCCGGCCAACCAGGUCAACCACAAAAACCGGGAUAUCCUAAUCAGCCCGGACAACCUGGUCAACCAGGACAGCCAGGACAACCACAACAACCGGGAUCCCCAACUGGAAAACCUCAACAACCGAGCUAUCCAGGACAACCUCAACAACCUGGACAAUCCGGUCAGCCAGGUCAACCUGGUCAGCCAGGGCAACCCGGUCAGUCAGGUCAAACAAGUACUCCAGAACAACAGGGUCCUAAUCAGCAAGGUCAGAUAAGCGGAGCAAAUUGUGCAAAAGAAGGUUUUGUUGGUGAUGAAAAUGACUGUUCCAAAUUUUACCGAUGUGUCAAUAAUGGCCAAGGUGGUUUACAAAAAUAUGAAUACACUUGUGGUCCAGGAACUGUAUGGGACCAAUCCAUAUUAUCAUGUAACCAUGCCUGGGCGGUAAGCGGAAAAUGCGCAAGCCAAUCAGGACAAACAAACCAGUCGGGUCAACCAGGACAGCCAGGACAACCAGGACAACCAGGGCAACCAGGACAACCCGGGCAACAACCAGGUCAACCAGGACAGCCAGGGCAGCCGGGAAGACCGGGAUAUCCAAAUCAACCAGGACAACCCGGGCAACAGCAAGGUCUACCAGGACAACCUGGUCAACCUAGUCAACAAGGACAUCCUAAUCAACCAGGGCAAACAGGGCAGUCAGGAUAUCCUAAUCAACCAACACAGCCAGGACAACCCAGUCAACCAGGACAACCUGGCCAACCCGGGCAGCCAGGACAACCAGGGCAGCCAGGACAACCCGGGCAGCCAGGACAACCCGGGCAGCCAGGACAACCCGGGCAGCCAGGACAACCCGGGCAGCCAGGACAACCCGGGCAGCCAGGACAACCCGAGCAGCCAGGACAACCAAAUAUACCAGGAGAGCAAGGUUCUAAUCAACAAGGGCAAUUAAAUGGAAACGACUGUGCGAAAGAAGGUUUUGCCGGUGAUGAGAAUGACUGCUCAAAAUUCUACCGUUGCGUCAGCAAUGGUCAAGGUGGUUUACAAAAGUAUGAAUAUACAUGUGGUCCAGGAACUGUCUGGGAUCAAACCAUCUUAUCUUGUAACCAUGCGUGGGCAGUAAGCGGUAAAUGUGCAAAUGCAAAUCAACCUCAGCCAAACCAACCAGGACAAGCUGGUCAACCAGGGCAACCAGGGCAGCCAGGGCAACCAGGACAACCAGGAUAUCCUAAUCAACCGGGACAGCCUGGUCAACCAGGACAGCCAGGUCAACCAGGACAACCAGGAUAUCCUAAUCAUCCGGGACAGUCUGGUCCACCGGGACAGCCUGGUCAACCAGGACAGCCAGGUCAACCGGGCCAACCUGGCCGACCAGGACAACCAGGACAGCCACAACAACCAGGAUAUCCUAAUCAACCAGGACAGCCUGGUCAAUCAGGGCAACCAGGAUAUCCUAGUCAACCGGGACAGCCUGGUCAACCAGGACAACCAGGAUAUCCUAACUAUCCUAAUCAACCAGGACAGCCUGGUCAACCGGGACAGCCUGGCCGACCAGGACAGCCGCAACAACCAGGAUAUCCUAAUCAACCGGGGCAGCCUGGUCAACCAGGACAGCCAGGGCAACCAGGACAACCAGGAUAUCCUAAUCAACCGGGACAGUCUGGUCGACCAGGACAACCAGGAUAUCCUAACUAUCCUAAUCAACCAGGACAGCCUGGUCAACCGGGACAGCCUGGCCGACCAGGACAGCCAGGUCAACCGGGCCAGCCUGGCCGACCAGGACAACCAGGACAGCCACAACAACCAGGAUAUCCUAAUCAACCAGGACAGCCUGGUCAACCAGGGCAACCAGGAUAUCCUAAUUAUCCUAAUCAACCAGGACAGCCUGGUCAACCAGGACAGCCUGGUCAACCAGGACAACCAGGAUAUCCUAAUCAACCGGGACAGUCUGGUCAACCGGGACAGCCUGGUCAACCAGGACAGCCAGGUCAACCGGGCCAGCCUGGCCGACCAGGACAUCCAGGACAGCCACAAAAACCAGGAUAUCCUAAUCAACCAGGACAGCCUGGUCAACCAGGGCAACCAGGAUAUCCUAAUUAUCCUAAUCAACCAGGACAGCCUGGUCAACCAGGACAGCCUGGUCAACCAGGACAACCAGGGCAACCAGGUCAACCAGGUCGACCAGGACGACCAAGCGAACCAGGACAGCAAAGUCCUAACCAACAAGGACAGUUAAGUGGAAAUAAUUGUGCCAAAGAAGGUUUCGUCGGUGAUGAAAAUGACUGUUCAAAAUUCUACCGAUGUGUCAGUAAUGGCCAGGGUGGUUUACAAAAGUAUGAAUAUACGUGUGGUCCAGGCACUGUCUGGGAUCAAACCAUCUUAUCGUGUAACCAUGCGUGGGCAGUAAGCGGUAAAUGUGCAAAUGCAAACCAACCUCAACCAAGCCAACCAGGACAACCGGGACAAUCUGGUCAACCAGGGCAGCCAGGACAACCACAACAACCAGAAUAUCCCAAUCAACCGGGACAGCCGGGUCAACCAGGACAACCAGGAUAUCCUAAUUAUCCUAAUCAACCGGGACAGCCUGGUCAACCAGGACAGCCAGGGCAACUAGGUUAUCCCAAUCAACCGGGACAGCCUGGUCAACCAGGGCAAACAGGUUAUCCUAAUCAACCAGGUCAACCUGGUCAACCGGGACAGCCCGGUCGACCAGGACAGCCUGGUCAACCUGGACAGCCACAACAACCAGAAUACCCUAAUCAACCGGGACAGUCAGGUCAACCAGGACAGCCACAACAACCAGGAUAUCCUAAUCAACCGGGACAACCUGGUCAACCGGGACAGCCUGGCCGACCAGAACAACCAGGACAACCACAACAACCAGGGUACCCUAAUCAACCGGGACAGCCUGGUCAACCAGGACAGCCACAACAACCAGGGUAUCCUAAUCAACCGGGACAGCCUGGGCAACCAGGUUAUCCUAAUCAACCUGGACAGCCUGGGCAACCAGGUUAUCCUAAUCAACCUGGACAGCCUGGGCAACCAGGACAGCCUGGUCAACCAGGUUAUCCUAAUCAACCAGGCCGGCCUAGCCAACCAGGCCAGCCUAGCCAACCAGGGCAGCCAGGACAACCCGGACAGCCAGGACAACCAAAUAUACCAGGAGAGCAAAAUCCUAACCAACAGGGACAAUUAAGUGGAAAUAAUUGUGCGAAAGAAGGUUUCGUCGGUGAUGAAAACGACUGUUCAAAAUUCUACCGAUGCGUUGGCAAUGGCCAAGGUGGUUUACAAAAGUAUGAAUAUACGUGUGGUCCAGGCACUGUUUGGGAUCAAACCAUCUUAUCGUGUAACCAUGCGUGGGCAGUAAGCGGUAAAUGUGCAAACGCAAACCAACCUCAACCAAGCCAACCAGGACAACCGGGACAAUCUGGUCAACCAGGGCAGCCAGGACAACCACAACAACCAGGACAUCCUAAUCAACCGGAACAGCCUGGCCAACAAGGACAACCAGGUUAUCCUAAUCAACCAGGACAGCCAGGACAACCAGGAUAUCCUAAUCAACCGGGACAGCCUGGUCAACCAGGACAGCCGGGUUAUCCUAAUCAGCCGGGACAGCCUGGCCAACCAGGACAGCCAGGACAACCAGGAUAUCCUAAUCAGCCAGGACAGCCUGGUCAACAAGGAUACCCAGGAUAUCCUAAUCAACCGGGGCAGCCUGGUCAACCAGGGCGGCCAGGACAACCACAACAACCAGGUUAUCCUAACCAACCCGGGCCAUCUGGCCAACCAGGACAGCCAGGGCAACCAGGACAACCAGGAUAUCCUAAUCAACCAGGACAGCCGGGUUAUCCUAAUCAGCCGGGACAGCCUGGUCAACCGGGACAGCCUGGCCAACCAGGACAACCAGGAUAUCCUAAUCAACCAGGACAGCCUGGACAACCAGGACAUCCUGGACAACCAGGACAGCCUGGACAACCAGGACAGCCAGGACAACCAGGACAACCUGGACAACCAGGACAGCCUGGACAACCAGGACAGCCUGGACAACCAGGACACCCAGGAUAUCCUAAUCAACCGGGGCAGCCUGGUCAACCAGGGCGGCCAGGACAACCACAACAACCAGGUUAUCCUAACCAACCCGGACAGCCUGGCCAACCAGGACAACCAGGAUAUCCUAAUCAACCAGGACAGCCUGGACAACCAGGACAGCCAGGGCAACCAGGAUAUCCUAAUCAACCGGGACAGCCAGGGCAACCAGGAUAUCCUAACCAACCGGGACAGCCAGGGCAACCAGGAUAUCCCAAUCAACCAGGACAGCCAGGACAACCAGGAUAUCCUAAUCAACCAGGACAGCCAGGACAACCAGGAUAUCCUAAUCAACCAGGACAGCCUGGACAACCAGGACAGCCUGGCCAACCAGGUCAGCCAGGACAACCAGGAUAUCCUAACCAACCGGGACAGCCAGGACAACCAGGACAUCCUAAUCAACCGGGGCAGCCUGGUCAACCAGGACAACCACAGCAACCAGGUUAUCCCAACCAGCCGGGACAGCCAGGACAACCAGGUUAUCCUAAUCAACCGGGACAGCCUGGUCAACCAGGACAACCAGGAUAUCCUAAUCAACCGGGGCAGACUGGUCAACCAGGACAACCUAAUCAACCUGGACAGCCUGGUCAACCAGGACAACCACAACAACCAGGUUAUCCCAACCAACCGGGACAACCAGGACAACCCAGUUAUCCUAAUCAGCCGGGACAACCAGGUUAUCCUAACCAGCCAGGACAGCCGGGUUAUCCCAAUCAGCCAGGACAGCCUGGUCAACCAGGACGACCAGGACAACCAGGAUAUCCUAAUCAACCGGGGCAGCCUGUUCAACCAGGGCAACCAGGACAUCCUAAUCAACCGGGACAGCCUGGUCAACCAGGUUAUCCCAACCAACCAGGACAGCCUGGUCAACCAGGACAGCCGGGUUAUCCCAAUCAACCGGGACAACCUGGCCAACCAGGACAGCCAGGACAACCAGGAUAUCCCAAUCAGCCGGGGCAGCCUGGUCAACCAGGACGACCAGGACAACCAGGAUAUCCUAAUCAACCGGGGCAGCCUGGUCAACCAGGGCAACCAGGACAUCCUAAUCAACCGGGACAGCCUGGUCAACCAGGUUAUCCCAACCAACCAGGACAGCCAGGGCAACCUGGAUAUCCUAAUCAACCGGGACAGCCUGGUCAACCUGGGCAGCCUAACCAACCAGGCCAACAAGGGAGUCAACAACCUCAGGGACCAAAUGGCUCCACAUCAUCACCAGUUUCAAGUCAAAUUGGAGACACUUGCACUCAAGAAGGUUUCCUGGCUGACACAAAAGAUUGUAAAAAAUUCUACAGAUGCGUAGAUAAUGGAAAGGGCAGUUUUACAAAAUAUGAAUUCAACUGCGGUCCAAACACGGUUUGGGAUCCAGACGCAAUAACUUGCAACUAUCCGUAUGCUGUUAAUCGGGAAAUGUGUCGAAAUUACGUAGAACAACCACAAAGCACAUCUCCCUCCAACUGCACAGACUGUAGUUCUCAAACUGGAACUACCCCAGGUGGUACACCCUCUGGCACAGACGGUUCCACUACGGGAUCAGUUCAAACGACACCCGGAAGCACGAUACCAGACAAUAGCACACCUGGCAGUACAAUCACAGAAAGCACUCCUAGUAAUACAAUCACAGAAAGCACGACUGCCCCUAGCACUAUAAUUGAUGGCUCUACUCCAGGCACCAUCUUUACAGAAAGUACCACAAUUGGAACAGACAGUACCCCACAAGGUGCUGGAACGGGAACCACUCCAGGUGCGGGAACGACUGGCGGUACCUAUCCGGGAACAACUGGUGGUACUUAUCCGGGAACGACACAGGGUGCUGGAACAACAGGCGGUACCUAUCCGGGUACUUUCCCCGGUACUGGAACAACAGGUGGCGUUGACGGUACCCCAGGUACCAACGAACCAACAACCACAGUCCAAAGCACAAUUGGCGGCGAAAGUACCACCACUGAUUCAUCUCAAUCCACCACAGCCCCAUGCCCUAUCGGACAAUUAGAAGGCGACCAAAUCGCUCUAGUUUGCCCAACCGGAUUCAAAAGACAUCCAAAAUACUGCAAUCUAUUCUACCAAUGUACGAAAGACGCAGACAAUCACGACUUUAAAAUCCUCGUUUUGAGUUGCCCUGAAGGAAGGAUUUACGACGACGCCCGCAUCCAGUGCUUGCCUCAAAACGAAACAAGUUCUUGCAGCGGACAAAUCGCUCAAAGCUCCUUCUACAAGCGACUUAACGCCAAUUCAUUGCCUCCGAUACCCGUCAACAGCGAACGGACGCUCUGCCCCAGUGUCGGCUUCCACGAAACCGAUGGCGCCGUUUGCUCAACAACGUUUGUCAAAUGCCAGCGCUCUUACAAUAACUUCUAUGGAAAAAUGGAAGGUUACAUGUACCAGUGCCCACAAGGAUACGUUUAUUGGGCGAUAAGUAAACAGUGCGAACGCCCAUCCAGAUUGCAACACUGCAGCGGCUACGACAUCCGCGACACAAGAUGGGAGAUACCAGUAGAGACCACAAAUGUCUCAUUAAGACGAAGAAAAAGUGCCAGUUUAUUCGAUACGAUCCUUUAAGUAAAUCUCGUUGCCAGCUAGUUUGUAAGUAGUACUCGCAAGUACCACCGAUCGAGAUAAGGAUUGUUUAGUACUUGUCGAGUUAGUAAUGUACUAUAACACUCCAUUUAGACUGAUACGAACUAAUUCGAUUUUCUUUGAACUAAACCACUUAGUUCAAAGCAAAAUGUGUCUUUAAUGCAGCACAGCUUUUUCACAGUUUCGCGCAAACUGUGGAAAUGCCGUCAUUCGGGAAGGUUCUGGGUUUAUUUAUUUCAAUUUAUUUAUUUAGUAAAAUUUGGCACCGAAAUUUGCUGUCAAACGAACGAUCUAGUUUACUUAAGCAUCGAUUACAUUGUAUACUGAAUGUAAUAAUUUUUCAAUCUCAAUAAAUUUUACUAUAA